AUGGACUUGUGUAGGGCAGUGAAUUGGUGGUGUGGCUGCAACAGUAAAAUCCUCCGUAUUCAUCUGAAAGAUUGCAGCGAUGGAAUCGGUGUAAGGAUAAUUGGUGGAACAAACAGUGCAGCUGGAAGACCAUUCGGAAUUUUUAUUAAAGCAUUAGUAUCUGAUAAAGCAGCUAAGAAAAGUGGUCAAUUACUGGAAGGGGAUCUCUUGCUUAAAGUUAAUGGAAUCGAUUUGCAAGGGAUUUCUAGCGAUAAAGCUGUAUCUAUUUUAAAAUCGGCUUCGCAAUCAGAUGAUAUCAAGCUUAUCAUAGCAAGAGGAGGAGAUGCAAGAGCCGAAUAUGAACGAUUGCUCGCAGGAUUAUCAGGAAAAUUGAACGGCGCCGAUGGAUCUAAAUCGAAUUGGGUUUGGAAUGCUAACGGUAAAACUAUGCAACCUGUCACGUCGCAAAACGGUGCUGUUCCAGAAUAUGAAUAUGUUCCUAGUGGUCUUCCUAAUGGAUAUAAAUCGAACCAUGCAAGUUAUGGCGAUAAUAAACGCCCGUAUUCUAUAUCGUCACAAUCCAGAUCUUCCCAGCAGUCUUUCUAUUCCGACUUUAGUGCCACACCAGAAAAAGAUAUCAACUCCAGUAAUCAAGAUAGACGUAGUUAUAUGAGCACAUCCAUGCCAAAACUAAAUGGUUCUCCCGGAUCAUAUCGUCGAUUAGAUAGCCAAAUUUCCAUUGAAGAUCGUCCCUCUACUAAUUCAGGCCAUAGGGGAAAUCAGGCAUGGCAUUCUUCUCCACCAUCUGGAAAUAAAAGGUCCGUUUCUACUGACCGUGUAGAUCGAGGCAGUACUAAUCAAAUUUCAUCACAAAGGCACGAUUUAUCCGGUAAUGGCCAAUACCCUUCAAUGCCCAAUGUCUACCAACAAGGCAAAGCAAGUCAAGAUAGAACAGAUCAUAAUAAAUCUUCAGAAAGAUCGACCUCCUUAUCAGCAACUGGCAAUAAUUCUAGGACUACGCCAAUAGAUUCAAGAGCUAGAUUUGUGGUCAUUAAUAAAACACAAGCAGGUUUAGGUUUAAGCUUAACAGGAGGUAGCGGCCAACCAUUAAUUGUGGAAGAAAUUGUUCCAGGUGGUGAUGUCUACAAGGCAAGUGAAACAUCAGCAUUACAUUAUGAUGGAAGAAUGCGAAAAGGUGAUCAUAUUGUUUCUAUUAUGGGCGAGCAAUUAGUUGAUGUUACAAAAGAAUAUGCAAAAUCAAUUAUUACAAGGCUAAAGCUAAGGGAUAGAAUAACUGAAGUAGAAAUUGGAUUUAUCCGCAACAGCAACAGUCCACAUGCCUACAACAGGAUUCAAUCCAUUUCAAACAGUAGCCUAAAUUCCUCAUUUAGUGCAGUAGCAGGAACUUACCUUGUUAAUGAAGGUCGGCUAAUACAAUCUAGACAGCCUUAUGGUGACUCCUCAGUUGCCUCAUCAAGAGCUUCCUUGUUUUCUAGUCCAACUCGUAAUUCCUUACUAAAUAGUAGAGAUUUUGAUAGUCGUAAUACUAAUACCGAGCCGGAGUUAGAUAGAAGUCCUCAGCCCGAUUUAACACCAUCACCGACAUCUCCUCCUACUCGAUAUCAUCACGACGAAAUUUCUCCACCUCGACGAAAUGGUGAUAUUAAAAUGGAAAAGCCGCAAAGAUAUCCCUCCCCACCUGCAAGUAAUAUAAAAUCGGAACAGGAACGAAAGCUCGCUCAGGACCUAAAAAAUCUAGCCGAAGGAACACAUCAACGAACGUCCUCGUUUUCCGAUACGGCAUCUAACUUGGGAGGGUUAAGGCCCGCAUUAAGUAGUACGCUACCAUUAAACGACAAAUUAGCUUUGGAUCCAACUAAGAAGAUUAAAGUUGAAAAAAUGGAACUGGCGCUAAAAUACCUGGGAUUAGAACCAACAGAAGAAGAGCAGAAAAAAUUAAGGAGAAGAAUCUUAGCCGACCCUUCUGGUUAUAUCACAUAUGGAGAAUUUGUUCGAGCAGCUAGAGAAGUUUUUCGCUUUCAGUUGCCUCCAGCUAAUGAUUCAGUUCAUAAACUCAAGCCUAAAAGUUUGGGAAAUCGAACUACAGAUGGCUCUACGACACGACUGUCCAGUGCUUCUUUAUCACAGCUGCCAACAGCUAAAUCAAGCACUACUUCAGUAUCGGGUAGCACUGCUCGCUUCCUUCCGAAACCAAUAUCAGUCAAUAUUAUGGAAACCUUAGAAAAUGUUCGUAGUCAACGUGAUCAAGCUUAUAAGGAAAUUGAUCAGUUAAAGGUGCUACUACAAGACAACGAAAGGAGUAUGAAAGCAGCUGACAAUGAAUUAUUUAAUAUCCGACAGGAUGUAGAAAAGGCUAUUAAGGAAAAUCAAGACUUAAGAAAGAGGAUUCAGUUGCAAAAUGAAGCUCAUACUGCUGCGAAGCAAAUUGAAUCAGAGUAUGAAGCGCUGGUUAAAAACCUAACAAACGAUGUAUCCAAGCUUAAAAAUAGCCAUCGAGCCCUGAAACAGUCCGCAAGUAAUGAAAUAAGAAAGCAAAUGUCCAUACUUGAAUGUGAACUGAAGAAAGCUGAGCAAACUAAGCAAAACUACGAAGCGGCCACUGAGAAAUUACUUGCAUUUGUUCAGACAGUUAAAGCAACAAUAAGCGAAGGUGGUGAUACUGGAACUAAAUCGCAAUAUCCAAGACCUCCAGGUAAAUCGAUACCUGAAUAUCCCAAUAAAGACCAAAAUAAUAGCAUUUUGAAGGAUGUAAAAACGAUUUUAAAGACCGUAAAGCCUUUGCUAGAAUUUUACGUUCUUCCAUAUGGCUGGUCUGAAGCGAUAGCUGCUGAUGGCCAAAAGUAUUACAUGAACCAUAUAACUCAAAAAACAAGCUGGGAAAGACCAGUACAGACUGGAAAUACUGGUUCUACCGACGAAUUAAUAGUCUAA